AUGCGCGCGUGGCACCCCGGGCUGGGGCCACUGCCGGAGGACCAGCUGCCGCAAGGCGCUGCUUCCAGGGGCUUCUACCUGCUGCCCAGGGAUUCUCUCCUCAACGCGAGUGAGCUGACGUCGGGCACGGAGCCGUGGCGCCAGCCGGUGCCGGUGUACGCGGUGGGCCGCAGGUGCGGGCGUGCGCCUGCGCAGCUGCAGCUGCAGGUGUCGGUGUGGCUGUUCUUCCCGUGGAGCCAGGGCAAGCGGCUGUGCGCCGCCGGGGGCCUGCCGCUGCCGCUGCCCGCCCCGCUCUGCCCGCACGCCCUCACGCAGGUCUUCGGCAGCCACCUCGGCGACUGGGAGCACCUCGCCUUCCUCUUCCCUAACGCCAGCUCGGCGCCGCGGCUGCUGCAGCUGUGGACGCACCACCGGUCUGCGGUGUACGGCUGGGACUCUGUUCGCGGCGCCUUCUCGCUGCUGGAGCCGGCCGCCGGCUUCCCCGCCACCGUCGCCGCCACCGCAGACGGCCGGCCCAUCCUCUACGCCGCUGACGGCUCACACGGCCUCUGGGCCAAGCCAGGACGGCACGUGUUCGCGCCGGCGCUGGGCCUGUGGGACGAGUGCUCUGCGGGCGGCGAGUGGCGCACGUGGGAGCGGGUGUCGGCGCUGGGGGCGGCGCCGUGGCGGCGCUACCUGGGCCGCUGGGGGCCGCCGGCCGCGGGCUGCGCGCCGCCGCUGCCGCCGUCGCCGGCCUGCAGGCUGGCGCCGGGGCCGCCUGCGCUGCUCGCCAGGCCGCCCGACCUCGCCGCGCACUGCCCGCCGUCGUGA